AUGGGGUGUUGCGGAGGCGAACGAGAAAAGUUCGGGAACUUGAGAGAGGAACAGAAAUGGGACUACAUUAACCUUGAUGACUUCAAAUCUUCCUCAUGCUGGACCCCUUUUGCCUAUGGCUAUCUUUUGCUCAUGCUUGUUGUGUCCAUAUCCGUCUACGCAGUAGACACAUUUACCGCCAUCAACCUCCUCGCCUUCGAUAGAUGGGCUGGUCAAAUAAAGCCCGAAAUCCCACUCAACAUUUCUCGUUGGAUCUUUGCCGGAUGUAUCAUUCUAUCCUUCGUUCUCCUGGUCUACCGAUGGAUGAGAGCGGUAAGAGUUAUGCGACAAGGUGGAGUUGCGAAAACCUACUUGGACCCCUUGGCUGUACGAAUACAGUCGAUACGGUGGGGAAAGGCAAGAGGAUGGAAGCGAUUCUUGGUCUUUGCCGAGUUGACAAAAAGUCGAAAAGGAGCCGACUAUGUUGCGUUGUUCGCAUAUUUCUCUUUCGAAGCCUGGCUUCGUAUCGUCUUUGCGGAAGGUCCGCGACAGGUGGUCAACGCCAUUACACUGUACUCUGUGUUGAGGUUGAAAUUGGUCCCAGAAGGUGAACACGCUCCAUCGGAUGGUCACUCUCCGGUCGUCCAGUUCUUCGUCAAUGUUGGGAUCCUGGCCGAUUCCAAUCAUCUGCAAGCCGUCAUUCUUUUUGGCAUGCUGUGGACUCUGGUCAUCUGGGUCAUCUCCGUCAUCAGUCUGAUCAUUUCGGUCAUCCUCUACCUCGUCUUUCUCUGGCACCAUAUUCCUACCGAGGAUGGAGGUCUAACUGGAUAUUGCCGAAACAAGAUUAAUCGACGGAUGGAGAGAGUGGUCAAGAUCAAGGUUGACAAAGCACUGAAAAAGGAGAACGCGUUGAGAGCUCGGGCAGAGGCUCGGGCAGCUCGUGAAGGGACAGCAGACAUGAAGAAGCAACCGACUUUACCGAACAUCGGAGAUGCCGAUGACGACUUCCUUUCUCCACUGUCAAGACAGACGACAAUGACAACCCUCCCGGAGUACAGUUCGCGACCAGCCACAAGCAGGAGCAGUGAUGAUGCAAUUCCAACUUUACCUGAUAUCGCGCCUCGUCCGCCUAUGCCUACACGUACCCUGACUCAUGGGUCCGCAGCGUCGUGGUCAAGCUACAGCUCAAAUGCUCCUUUGGUGGGAUCCGCCGCGGACAUGGGGUUUGGAGCUGAUCGAGUUCAGACACCAGCAUCGGAGUUGAAUAGUCCCUGGUACGGGAGGCAAGCGCCAAACCGCAGCAUAUCAAACUUGUCGCAACCUCCGCCACGGUCCUUCAGUCCUGCCCUUCCGCGACCCGGUACAGCGCAGAGCGAUAGAAAUGGUCCUGAUGCCCUCGUCCGAGAAUUCUCGCAAUCUGCAAACGCGAAAGCUGCAGGCACGGCCGACGAAGGUACAGACCCAAAGAGGCAGGGCAAGGAUGCGGGCGAAACAGGAAAUCAGAGCAAGAGCAAGAGUUCCUUCCCAGAUACUUCCUCCAAUACUGUGGCCUACUGGCUGCUCGGCAGCGCUGCCAGUGUCUUUGGGAUCGUGGUGUUUGGAGGAUUGACGAGACUUACAGAGUCAGGUCUGAGCAUCACAGAAUGGAAACCCGUCACCGGCUCCCUCCCCCCGAUGUCCGACGCGGAUUGGGAGUCUGAAUUCGCUAAAUACCGCUCGAGCCCGGAGUUUCACAUGCUGAAUUCGCGCAUGACGCUGGAAGAGUUCAAAUCCAUUUACUGGAUGGAAUGGAUCCAUCGGCUCUGGGGUCGAUUCAUCGGGCUCUCCUUCGUGUUGCCGGCCGCGUAUUUCGUCGCGCGGAAGCAAGUCUCCCGUUCCAUGGCGAUGAGACUGCUGGGCAUUGCAGGCUUGAUCGGAUUCCAGGGCUUCAUCGGCUGGUGGAUGGUGAAGUCGGGACUGAAAGACGACCUCUUCGCGCCAGGUUCUCAUCCCCGUGUCUCGCAGUACAGGUUGACCGCACAUCUGGGCGCGGCUUUCGUCUGCUAUCUCGCCAUGCUCUGGAACGGCCUUGACAUCCUACGAACAAACAAACUCCUGCGUGUCUCGCCCGACGCUGCAAAUGCAACGCUCAAAACCUUGAGUAAUCCCGCGUUAAAACCCUUCAAGCGCUAUGUCUCCCUCCUAGCAGGGCUGGUCUUCCUUACAGCAAUGUCUGGCGGGCUGGUCGCUGGUCUUGAUGCAGGCUUGAUCUACAACGAAUUUCCGUACAUGGGACUUGGUCUGACGCCUCCAAGGAGUGAGCUGUGGGACAAGUUCUACUGCCGGGCCCCCGACCACAGCGACCUGUGGUGGCGCAACCUGCUCGAGAACCCCAGCUUGGUCCAGCUUGACCACCGGAUUCUUGCGACGACGACGUUCACCGCAGUCAUGGCGCUAUGGGCAUUCUCACGCUCGGUAGCCAUGCAGAAAAUCCUACCGAGAGCAGCGCAGAAGGGAGUUCAUGGCGUCGUCGGGUUUGUGAGCUUGCAGGUCAUUCUAGGCAUUUCCACGCUGUUGUAUUUGGUACCCACGGGACUCGCCAGCGCACAUCAAGCCGGGAGUUUGGCAUUGUUGACCUGGACCAUUGUGCUGGGAAGUCGCGUCUGGUUCCCUACCCAAGCCGCGCGCAUUCUGGCCCAACGAGCGCAGACAAACCUCGGUGGCAGCGGUGCUGAGCUCGCGCAAAGGGCGGCUUUGGCAUCAUCGGCAGCGAAGGCAAGGACGGUGAUGCCUGGUAGCCCAACAGCCCUGGCUGCUAUGGGCUUCAUGCCUGUUGUCACAGCUGUGGGCUUUGAGCUUUCUUCAAAGUCGCAAGCCACUGUCGCGAAGCAGCUAUCCGCUCGAAAGACUGAACAACAGGCUAUCUCGGGGGUUUGA